GCAGCAGAUGCUCUAAGGUGCUCGAACUGAGAGGAUAUACAGCUGUGGGAGCUCCAGUGGUGCUAACUUUAUUUAUUUGGAACCCAAGCAUGCCAAUUUAACCUCAGAAAAUGGACCUACGUGUAGCAAGCAUCCUCCUUUUUCUGGUGGCCCUGGUUGCCGGCCAUGGCGAGAGAUAUAUGGUGAAGAAAGUGAUGAAGGCUCCUUACGCCGUGAAAGGUCAUGUGGUUUCUGUAGCUGGAGAGCCAGGUGCCCCAGGUGCCCCAGGUGAACCUGGACCUCCUGGACCUCCUGGGCCCCCUGGCGAGAGUGCUGAAGGACUGGAAGGUCCCCAGGGACCACCUGGCCCACCCGGACCUGCUGGCUACUCGGCACCUGGAAAGCCAGGCACUCCAGGUGGACCUGGAAAACCAGGUGCACAUGGUGCACCUGGAGUUAAAGGAGAUCCCGGUGCACCUGGUCCUCAGGGACCAAGAGGUGCUCCUGGACCCUCUGGCAGCCCUGGGCCUGCCGGUAUUUCUGCUAGUGGCAAACCUGGACCAGCUGGUUUGCCUGGAUCAAUGGGACCAAGGGGGGAGCCAGGUACUAAGGGACAUCCAGGUCUUCCUGGUGCACCAGGACUUAAAGGAGACAGAGGUAUUGGCAUUCAAGGGCCACCAGGUGAAACUGGUGCAACUGGACCCAUGGGACCUGUAGGCGCACCUGGUCAGCCUGGUGUUGGUAAACCUGGUAAACCUGGCUACCCAGGUGAGCCAGGUAAGGGAGGUUCACCUGGUCGUGAUGGGGAACCUGGUCCUAUGGGACCAACUGGACCAAAAGGCCACACUGGAGCUCCUGGAGUUGGAAUGCCAGGUAAACCAGGUGAAAAUGGUGCUCCAGGAUUGCCAGGUCCUACAGGGCCUAAAGGUCAUCAGGGUGCAACAGGAGCAACUGGUGCUCCUGGUAGUCCAGGUUAUGGUAAGCCAGGUACUCCUGGCGCAAAAGGUGAUACAGGUCCAGUAGGUAGCACUGGUGCAACAGGUCAGAAAGGUGAGCCAGGAGCAAGAGGGCCAACAGGUUACACAGGUGCAACUGGCCCAGUGGGUCCAGCUGGUUCUCAGGGUCCAAGGGGUUUCCCAGGUGAGAAGGGAGCAACAGGUGAAAAGGGUGAAACAGGUGCAAUGGGCCCUCAAGGUUUUAAGGGACAUAAGGGAGAUCAGGGGGCACAGGGAGCUGAAGGCAAACCAGGCUACCCAGGUGCAACAGGCCCACAAGGAGCAAGGGGAGCUACAGGUGCUCCAGGUAGCAAAGGAGAACCUGGCGAAACAGGUGCAACUGGUGCUCCAGGAGCAACUGGACCUGUUGGACCCAAGGGUCAUACAGGACAUGCUGGACCAGCAGGUGAAACAGGGCCUGCAGGUGCCCCAGGGGCAAGAGGAGCUACUGGUCCUAGUGGUGCACCUGGUGCACCAGGAGCUAAAGGUCACCCUGGUCUUCCAGGUGCACCUGGCCCUGCAGGACUUACUGCUAAAGGAAGUCCUGGACCUCAAGGUCCACCAGGACCUGCUGGAUCAGAUGGUGUCCCUGGUGAAAGUGGACCACCUGGUCCUCCCGGCCCACCUGGUCCUCCCGGUGAAGUUAUUUUUGCAGAAACUAAGGGAACUUUUGUCAGUGAACCUUUUGUCAAGAGCCCAAUGUCCGCUUUUUCUGCCUUAACUACGACACCUUAUCCUACAGCUGGUAGCCCUAUUAAGUUUGAACAAAUUAUCUACAAUGCUGAGAAUCAUUAUGAUUCUGAGACAGGUGUCUUUACCUGCCAGGUUCCUGGGGUGUAUUUCUUUUCAUACAGCAUGCAUGUGAAUGGAGCUAAUGCUUUGGUAGCACUGUACAAAAAUGAAGACCCAAUUAUGUUUACUUAUGAUGAGUACAACAAGGGCUUCCUGGACCAGAUGUCUGGCAGUGCUGUCCUUCAGCUUAAUGAGCAGGACACAGUUUAUCUCCAGAUUCCUAAUGAUGAGGCAAAUGGUGUCUUUGCAGCUGAUAAUGUCCACUGCUCCUUCAGUGGUUUCCUGAUUGCUUCUACGUGAUGCAGUUAUUCAACCAUACCAUAACUUUUUCAACCUUCAUACUAUUUCUCAAACAACAUAAAUGUCCAAACAGGAUGCUCUUUGGUUUUGAGAAAUAGAAGUAUCACGACUUGAAAAUCCCAAGCAGUGGGUGCCAAAAAGAAGGACAUAAUUUAUGUAACAGGCUAUCAGGGACAUAAAGGCAGUUAAAUGCAUAAACAGUCAUCUUAGUUUGCUUUUAAGGUGGAGAAAGCAUGUGAAGUUUAAUAAUGAUUACUUAUCCUGACUUUUUUUGGGUUUUGUUUUCUAAUUUGAAAUGGUGAUUUCCUUUUUUUUUUUUUUUGUUUCCUUAUUAAUUACACACACAAAAAAUAUGUUCCUGACAAUUUAGAUUUUGACUUAAAUCUUGUGAAAUGGUCAUACUGAUUAUUACAAAAAUGUAAAAGCCAUCCAAAAUAAUUCCAAAUGUUAUGCAUUGAAACGUAACUGUACUUUGUAAACCAUAAUGAUGAAAAUAAACUGUCUUAAAGAUA